AUGUCCCGCUCUCCCCAUGGUGCUGAGCUCAUGGGAUGGCUGAACGAGGCGUUAGCAUGUGAAGCUGAAGAGGCUGAUCCAUUGCUCCAGAAAUAUACUCUUGAAGAAGAAGAGAUCAAUAUUUUGAGACGUGCAGAGCGUCAUGAAUCUUGGUUUCAAGCAGCACAGCAGAGUUCUGGACACGAUCAUAUUACUUAUCUACCACCUUCUAAGCUACACGAGAAGCAGAAGUUGUUGGAAGCAGAGAAAGCCUUAUACGAGGAAGAAACAGAAGUACUCAAAAUACAGCUAUCCCAAGCAAAACUAGCUUCUCGCGAGGCGUCAAAAGCUAUCCGAUCUUUCCAGUCCAUGAUAUCAAAAACGGACAAGGAUGUCACUGAACUUAAAGGUAGCCUUUCGGAGUUGUCUUUAAAAGCUGAUGCCUCCGUGUCUUCAACUCUUCGUUCAACAACACAGGCGUUGCUUCGUUUAGAAGAAAUAGAUGAUGAUGAGCUUUGCUCUCGUUUAGAGGCGCUGUCUGACGUUCGCUCCGAUAUCAUUUCCGCCAAUAACUUCGCUCAACCCAUUUUACCGGUCACACCAUCCAAUCAUGAAAUCACUAGACUCCAGCGCUCGCUUGAACGUUUACCUCAUCCCGAAGUGUCGGUUGAUGCCCUCAGAUACGAAGAGUUUGAAAAGAUAAUGCAGAAUAUGCAUGAUCUCUCGAACGGCGACGUAGCCCAUGCCACUGCCUUUCUACAUGAUAUAAUUUCAGAAGGCGCUGAGGAAAGUAUAGAACUAGAUCGACCACGCCCGAAGGAAGAGAUAGAGCGUGCUUGGUGGAUAGACUAUCACACUUUCACCCUUCCUGACAACGUUUUAACACAGAGCAUACAAAGAUUUACCGACCUCCACGAUCCUCAUUUGACCUCGCUGCACGAGUAUCUGGGCUCCACUCUUGAAAUAGUACAGAAAACCGAGGCAUACGCGAGAGUAUUUCAACAGGAAACGCAACACAUCCUCAAUGACGCGGAUGUCUCUAGCAAAUCUGAAACAGUUGACAAUGCGGCUCCUGGGAAUGAGCAGCUUAUCGUGGACGAACUUGUGGAAGUCCUAAAGCAACAUCAACACCUCCGCCCAGAGACAGCCCAGCCACUCGUCCUUCUAAGCGACGCUGACCUCUGCGAGGAGAUCAGAGCGUUGCUCGAGAGAUCGCAUUCUUCCGAGAGAGUUCAAUUUGCCCUGCCCGCUCAGAUAUCCCAAGCUUCCUCUGCCCUGCUAUCGCAACACCAGCCCUUACUUGACAUCCUGUAUGCCAACUCACCGCUACCUACGUCUCCCCCCUCCGCCGCUCCGCCCGAACUUCAAGAACUCGAGACACGCACGCGGUCCAAAAUAGACACACUGGACCAUGACCUGGGAGAUUUGGCAAAAGAAAUUGAACUGAGCAGUCGUACUAAGAAGAAACUGGCUGCUUUCGUUCGUUGA